GCUAGAAAGAAAAAAAAUUGAGCCCAUUUUUCUUGACAUGCCAACACAUGGCUACUGUGUGUUAGCUGAUGAGCAGUUCAAGACUUUUCUGUGGGCUAUAGCAGGAAAUGCAGCAGGUGAGGGGCCAAGCACCAAAUUGGCAACGUCAAGCAAGCUUGUCCGCAAUAAGAGGAGUGCCGGACCCGCAGAUUUCUGGGCUUUGUACAAAUUCUUCAUGGACUCUGGGAACCAGGAGGGAGUGACGGACCUUGACCGCGUUUAUGUGGCGUACCUGCAGAAUAAGCACCGGUUAGAUGAAGAUCACUCCUUCAACCACUAUCUACACCAUUUGAGGGCAAUCUACAAGUCCUGUGCUGAGUCAGAUGACCCCGACUGCAUCACUGAGUACACCAGCAAGCCCAAGGCUCAGGUGGUGAUGCCCAAGACUGCUCCAGCUGCAGCAUGCAACCCAUAUACAGACCCUUACUGCCUUUUCACCAGUGCAUCCUCGAAAGUUCCUGUAAUAGAGCCAGCCCCUGCCCCUGCCGCCCCAGUCAAAGCUUCCCUACCCAUCCUCACACCUGUGCUUCCGCUGCCUGCCAAGGCCCCAUUAGGCUACUACUACUCCGCCCCAGUCUUGCAGCACUUCGUCUCUCCUCAGCAACGUGAGGAACUUCUGCGCAUCUGCAAUCCCUCUGACACUGACUGCCUGCUGUACCAUCUACGUGCUGCUUACGGCUACAAACCAACCACCGAACCUUUUCCCUCCUAUUCCCACCUUGACUGUGACCCGUCAAAGGAUCCGUACUGCAGGCCCAAGCUAGUGCAAAAGGCAUCAACUGGCCUGUACCACCUUUAUCCAACUUGCGACCCUGACUAUGAUCCUUUCUGCACCCCAGCUGUCCCAGCGCAUGCCCCUCAGACUUCUAGGACACCAGAGGAGCCCCCCAAAGUACAAAGCUGCAACCCGAUCUUUGAUGAGAACUGCAACCCCCUGACAGCCAUGACACUGUCCGGCCUCACGAAGACUAUGCUGGAGUACAGCCCCAGGGAUGAGACUGCCCCCAGCCCUGUAUGCAACCCUCAGUAUGACCCCUACUGCCUCCUGGGUGUCCCUGCAGCCAUCAGGAUGUUAACGCAGUACAAAGACCACCCACAUCACCAGCUGGGCAUUCGAGGGAAAACAAAGGAGGGCUAUGACUGCUACAUGUUCUAUGACAAGGAGUGCCACCCACUAGACAUCCACAGCAACACCCAGCUAGAGGCCCCUGCAGGCUACACUGGCGGUGCAUCCAAGCCUGGCUGCCACCCCUAUGACCCCACUUGUUGGCGGUUCUCCCCUCCACCUGCCAGUGCCACGAAAGCAGACAAACCUGGUGAGAGCGGUGUGAUCAAACCUGAUCCUGAUUGCGACCCGGAGUACGAGUACAGCUGUCGCCUCCGCCGCUACGAGCCCAAAACUGACAAGAAAGCUCAGGAUGAACAGUCCAUGGAGGAGCCCAAAGACAAACCACAACGCCAGGUCCAAGAGCAUGCCACCCCAACCUUUGAAGAGUUCAUAAAAGGGUUCACUAUCCUGCACUCCAGGUAUAACUCCCCCUAA